CCAUUUUUAACAAAUUGACACUGUUGAAAAAAUAACGUCUCUAUCAAGCAGUCGCAGAUUGCGAUUCCUGCACAAUCACGCUUAUGCAGUAUAUGUGCGCAUUUUACGCAGUGUAGGUUAGGUUUAGAAGUGAGGUUAUGUCAGCUCAAUAAAGUUCCGCAUAACGUAAUUACGCGUUUCACGGCAAGUGAAAUUUUAGAAACACGUUUUUCUUAUAAAUUAUUUAUUUUAUGAAAAUAUACGUCCAGUAGCCGGUGUCAAUACAUUUAACAUUUAAAACAACGAUUCAAUCGUGAUAUUCAUACAAACGAAAUAAAAUGACAGAUGAAAACAUCGAAGAACUCGCACCAUCGGAUUUAGGUACACUUGAUUAUUGGGAAAGGAUUUAUUCGGAUGAUCUUGACAACUUUAAGGAGUACGGAGACGUAGGUGAAAUAUGGUUUGGCAAAAGUAAUACACUGAAAGUUGUACGUUGGAUCCAUACGCAGCUGAAACUUAACAAAAAUGAUAAAAUAAUCGAUAUAGGAUGCGGGAACGGGAUGACAUUGGUUGAACUUGUGAAACAAGGUUUUGAAGAGUUGCUGGGUAUAGAUUAUUCAGAGAAAGCAGUUGAUUUAGCUCGCGAAAUAUUAACAGAGAAUAACAUGCCGCACGUCGAGCUGAAAGUCUACGACGUACUCGAUUCCAAAAAUUUCAAUUUGCCCGCCAACUUUAAAUUGGCGCACGACAAAGGAACUUACGACGCCAUCAGCUUGAAUCCAGAAAAUCCUGCGUCGAAACGGCAAAAGUAUAUAGAAAAUGUUUACAGGAUUCUGUUGCCUUCUGGCUACUUAGUUUUAACUUCAUGUAACUGGACUAAGGAAGAAAUAGAGAAACAUUUUCAAAAUUAUUUUGACAUUUUACACGUUCUGCCUGCUGACGAAACAUUCAUGUUCGGUGGACAAACUGGAAACACCGUAACGCAACUAGUUCUUCAGAAGAAAUAAUAAAAGAAUUGAUUGACAAAAU